GAUGUUAGCGUCACUACCUGUUGAAGUUUAUCCAAGCUUCCACUCCAUGGAUGUACACACUCCAGCAGAUUUGUUAUGAUAACUGACUCAUUUUAUACAUUUUAAUAUUCCCUUCUUUAAAGGAAAUGUUCUGUAAAUUCAAUACUUUUUUCAGUUCCUGAUAUUUUAGCUUCUCAUAUGAGGAAAGCAAUGAGAACUAGGUCAAGUUCUCCUCCAAUUCAUGUGCAUGUCAAUGACGCCACACCGGUCCAUGUGCACGUGAAGAGCCAAAGAAUGAGUCCUGCCAGGACUCCUCAGGGGGAGGCCAAAGUCAACAGAGGAAGCCUUCGUCCCACAGCCAAGGUCAAAACACGGGUGCCAUGGAUACCACCUGGAAAGGCCUCCAAACGGGAUGCUUCCUACAAGUGGGAGGGUCCAACACACUGCCUCGAGAUCACACCACCGCUCCCCGAACCAGAACCAGAACAUUCCCAGUCUGCACUGCGGUUGGCUGACCUGACGUCAGAAGAAGAGGAAGGGCUCCACGGACGAAUCAGCCAGUAUGAGAAGACGAUUGACAGCUUACUGACUGAAGUUAGCUCUCUGAAGAACGAGGUGGAGCUGCGGAAGAAGGAGCAGCAGCUGGAGCGUCAGUCGGAGCAGCUGACUGUCUCCCAUCGGGUGAUUGCCGAGCAGGAGGAGGAGCUGGCGGAGGUGACCAAGGAGCUGCAGCAGACUGAGCGGGAGAACACCCGCUUACGGCAGUCCAUGGAGAAGAUGCUGGAGGAGAGCGACUACAGCAGAUUAGAUGGAGAAAUUGUGCAACAAGACAAAGACGCUCUGCUCAGGAAGCUGAUGGAGGCUGAGGAAGAUGGGACGGCUGCUGCCAAGCAAGUCUCAGCCUUGCGGGAAUCUGUCUCCAAACUCUGUGCAGUUGGUGGCAGUAGGCUGUCUGGCUCUGAGUCUUCAGGGUUGGUUCGCCAGAAGGAGCUAUUGCUACAGAAACUGGAGACAUUUGAAGCCACCAACAGAACUCUGCGGCACCUUCUCAGAGAGCAGCACGGAUCCCAGAUGGAGUCGAUUCUACUGUCAGAGCAGAAGGAUGCGUUACUCAAGAGACUGGCGGACACAGAGGCAGAAAAUGCUCAUCUUGUAGUGAAACUUCAAGAGAAAGACAGAGAGGUUCAUCAGCUCUCCAAACUUUUGGAUACUGAAAAGGAUAAUGCCAAGAGCUCAGCUGACUUGACUAAAAGCCUGGAGUCAACAAGAGCUCAUUUACAAGGACAGCUCCGCAGCAAAGAAGCUGAGAACAACCGGCUCACUGUGCAGAUAAAGAACCUGGAGCGAGCAGCCAACCAACAGAAAGCAGAGGUGGGGCAUCUGACAGAGCAGCUGGUGAGGCUGAAGCAGCAGGCCAGCGCAGACAGAGAGGCUCUGAAACGAGCCACACGAGCCCAGAAACAGCGAGCUGAACGCAGCGAGGGCACUGCAGGCCAUCUGAGUGUUCAGCUGCUGGAUAUGGAGAAGCAGGUGGCUGAUGCACUGUCAGCAGCUGAGAGCUGGCAGAGUCGCCAUGCCAAAGAAGUGAAAGACAAGAGUAAAAUGGAGUUUGAAAUAUCGCUGUUGAACAGCCGUAUAGCAGAGCUGACAGAGCAGCUGAAUACUUCAGAGGAUAAAGGCAGAGUGGAGAAAGAAGCCCUGCUGGAUCACCUGCAUGGACUUACCGCAGAGAGCACUGCUGCUAAACUGGAGAACCAGUCCCUCAAGGCUACAGCAUGUGCAGUGGAGGAAAAGCUGGCCUUGUCUCAGUCAGAGCUCCAGCAGGUCAAAGCCUCCAUCAAGCAAUAUGAAAGCUUGCUGGACAGCUAUAAGAUUCAGGUUGGAAAGACCCGGGCCGAGGCGGACGAGUACUGUGCUCGAUUGGCUCAGGCAGAGAAGGAGGUCCAGGUGGUGCGGGGGGAGCUGGAGCAAGAGAUAGAUGAGGUGCGCAGAGAGCUGCUGGGUCGACUGACGGAGCUGGAGCCUCUGCCUGAAGCCUUACGACGCUCUGAACUCCAGCUGCAGGAGGCUCAGGACAGGGAGCGCAGCCAGGAGAGACGCAGCAUGGAGCUGAGCACAACCUUGACUGAUCUCCGCAUGAAGGUGGAGACCCAGGGCAGCCAAGUGGAACUUUUAAGACAGAAGAACAAGGUGCUGCUGGAGGAGAACAGACAGCUUCAGCAGCGAGUGGAGAGUUUAGAAAGAAAGCUGGAGGAGGCUGGCAGUCAAAACAGCGACCUGCUGACCGUCAUUGCCAAACGAGACAGCACCAUCCAUAACAAUCAGCUCCACCUGGAUGAAAAAACAAGGGAAUGUUCCCUGCUGAGCCGAAAGCUGGAGGAUGCUCUGGAUGAUGCCCGCCAGCAGAUGUCAAAGACCAGGGAACGUGCUGCCACCAAAGAGCACUCCACCCAGUCUAAGAUAUUGGACCUAGAGACCCAACUUAGCAGGACUACCUCAGAAAUCAACCAAAUGCGACGCAGCAAAGAGGAGGUGGAGCGGCGGUACCAGAGCCGACUGCAGGACAUCAAAGAUCGCCUGGAACAGUCAGAUAGCACCAACAGAAGCCUGCAGAACUACGUCCAGUUCCUCAAAGCCUCCUAUGCUAAUGUGUUUGGAGACGUGGCCCUCGGCAGCUCGCUGCAUGGCCCCUCACCUAUCUGACUGUCAGAGGGAUGUUAUACUGUACGUGUAUGUAUGCACACCUUCCAAAACAGUACUGUGGGUAGAGCCUGUUGCUUUUUGAUUGGCUAACAAGAGCUGGAGGCUGUAAGGAUGUUAAUCUUGCUUAUUUGCUUGGAUUUUAACGAGUCGGGUGAAGAGCUGCAGUAUCUAUUUGCUGCUUUUGGUGCUUUUUCAAUUUUGAAUGAAUUAAUUGACAAUGCAUUAUAUUACUGGAUUAAAAAACUCAAUCCUAAUUAAUGUAAAAUGUAAUUAUUUGAAAGUCCCUUAGAUACCUUUCAAUUACUCCCAUGGAUUUGACCAGAGCUAAGCAAUAUAUCCUCAAAAUAGUAUCACAAUAUUUUUGGGUGAUAUCAUGAUACACAACAUAUAUACGUAUCACAGUAUUUUGUAAUCUCCUCCAAAGCACUUAUUGAAUACAAGACCGGGCGACAAAAUCAAAUGAAUUAUAUAUAUAUUUUUGACCGAAUGUCUCGAUAUUCAGAGAGGCUUAGGAUAACGUAAAAAAACAGAAUAGUUCAAAAGAUUAUAUAAUCACAGUUAAAAUGUGAUAAAGUGGCUUUAAAUCAAUCCGACAAGGCAUUUGUUUGAGAUCUUGAAGAGUAGACUGAUGGCCACCUCCGACUUCUUUGACAUUACUGUUUUGUGGAUUUCUAGAUUGAAUGUGACCUAAAGAAAAUGGGUCAGUCAUUAAGUCAGUUUGUAUUUUUUCAUGCAAUAAAAUCAAAAUUACCCAUU